GGUUUUCUUUUGCUUCUGCAAACUUCUCCAAAAAAUGUAGAGCUGAUAGACAGCCGAGAGUCGUGCAGCCUCUCUGCCCUGUGUAUGCAGCAGUAGCAGAAGGCGACAAUGCUCUGAAGAGAGAUCAUCGAUCUUCCAAGUUGCCGAGCGUGUAAGAUAAAACGUUCCACGAUUACUGCCGGAGACGGGGACUAAGUAAUUUCUCAAGAACUACAUCCGCGGCGAACAAAAACUCUCGCCGAAGGAGAAGAUGCCGUCGCCCACCAAGUCACCGGGCAAGGGGCAAAACGCGUCGCCCAUCAGGUCACCGGCGAAAACCGGGCACGCACAGUCCGCAGCGACCAUAGCCCUGACGACAAGCCCAAAGAUUAACAACCAGGUAGACUUGGCCCACGCGUACCCAAGUCUCUACGGCGCACCGUCCUACGCAUCCAUCUUUUCCGAGCCGGUAGACUUCGAGCCAGGGCCAGGACAGUAUGACGUACCCGGGUCAAUUGGGCAGCAGUAUAUUUGAAUUCUUUGUUUUGGAGGUUUUGGAAUUGUAUUGAAUCAGCUCCAAUUUGUGCGUAUUAAGUACUUACUUUGAUUGUCGCACAUGUGAAGAUGCGCGUUUUGCGCUUACUUUCUUGUGAAAAAUCCUUCUCAGGGCACAGAGCAAGGACGAGACUUUUCCAUCCGUAAGUAUACUGGCAAAGCACGCGUCCUCAUGGUCAAAAGUCUACAUCUCGAAGCAGCACGCAAUAAAAGCACGGGACACGCCAGGUAGGAAGAUUGAUUAGGAAUUUAUAAUAUGUUUGGUUGUAGGGCUUGAUGCAGAUGCAACGCUACUUCUCCAUCUCCAGACAAGUAGACGAAGGAACGACUAUGCCAUGAAUUUACUAAAAACCUAAGGUCCCGGUAGCUAUCUGCCGCAAAUUCAACCCAGCGAGUCAUCCGUACGAUUUGGAACCGCCGUGAGAAAAGAAAUAAGCUAUGCAACACCCUCACCCGGCCCGGUCUAUGAUAUCAGGAGGUCAGCCAGCGAUAGCAACUUUGGAGCGGUACUACUAUAUACUUUCGAAGUAGUUCUUGCACAAUCACAAACUUGCAGUUUCCAAUGAAUGUUGUCGCUUUAUCUCUUUGGUGGGUCGCAUGGUGUUGGAGAAUCAUGAUUUCAAUUUGAUAGAAGACGGCGGCAUCGCAUACUACUAUCUCCAGAGUACAAACCAAAUCUACAUGACAGGGCAAAUUUAACAUGGACGAUAGAUGGCGAGGGCACACGGAAUUCGGCGCCACAGGGCCCGGCCAAUACAAUCUAGAGGCGAGUUUUGAUGGCACGAAGGGUCUUUCAAAAACCUUCGCGACCGGGCACCGGGCGUAUGACAAGGUACUGACUUGCUUUUGCGCUGGUCAUGUAGUAAGUGCACAACUCUUGAUCGUGUCUGCUUCACCGUUUUCUUGGUGUUGUUUUGCGCGAUGGAAAGAAGAGGGAACUUUGAAACUCAAAAGGUCCGAUUUCCCGGCUGUGACAGAGUAAAUCUCGGGCGCACGAGUCCUGGCCCCGGUCAGUUCCGAAACUGGCAGCCAUCAGCAAGGAGGUAGGGGCUAUUAAGCGUUUUGUUCCUGGUGACAAAAAAUGCACAAGUAGAUACUGAGUUUGUUUUAAGUACUCGUUCCUUCGCUGCGGCAGCAUGCCUGAUGGUCGUGAUCAGACACUAGAACUCCUCUUCCUUCAUUUUUAACCAGGUGUGCCUUCCCCCGUUCCCUGCGUAAGCCGCUGUACGAUUCGGGAUCCGUGGAAGCCUCCGUCGGCCCGGGCAGUUACACCAUCGAUUCGGUCCUGCGAAAAACCAGCCACGGGUUCGGGAAACCCUCGGUGUCAGCAAGAUUGAGUUGGAAAAAGAACUCGAUCACGAUGUCGAAUUGGUGCCGACUCGGGAUGGCGUACCGGGAAAGAUCGUAGGGAUAAUAUACAGUUUUUCGCUUGGUAGCAUUCGCAGCAUGACUUGACCCAAAAUUAAACGACGUCAAAAACCAAUAGAUUAGUAGCCCACAAAUUUUCAUUUUGUCAUUGCCAAACGAAACUUUGUCAUUUCAGUUUACUGCCAAAUUAACGCAAAUCACGAAGAACAUCAGCAUACUGUAAGAUUUACUACUAUAAGGUCAACAGAAUAGAAACUUGCAGAUUUUGAUCAGAAUAAAUCCGUCUGACAAGUUGUAGAGUUUAGACAGGAGUAGUUGUUUCAAAUGCUAAUGCACCUUGUAACUGUAUCCGAAAAUUGUCCGACAAUGAACAUUGUAAUAUUUGUCGAUUUAGACUGUAUGAUCACGACUCAUUUCGUCCUCUAACGUACAUCAUCUUGAGAACCAAAAAUUGCAUGAAAGGAAGAGACACAUCAUAUGCAUGAUGAAAUUAAGACAGAAACAAAAAACUUGUAUCCACCUGGUCAUCGUCAUGGCGACAAGAAAUUGAAAUAA